AUGUUUGUCAACACGUUGGUAUUUGUUGGAAUACUAUGCCCUAUAUUUGUGUCAUCGGAGUUCUACUCAUCCACUGAUCCCAAUGCCCGAGAGGACUGGGAACGCAUAGUGGGAGGCACCAAAGCUGCAAAUGGCUCCAUUCCGUACCAGGUCUCCCUAAGAUUUUGGGGCGUGUGGCACUUCUGCGGGGCAUCCCUGGUCACUCCGCGGGUCAUACUGACUGCAGCUCAUUGUGUUGAUAGAAUAAACCCCAAGUACAUCCAGGCCAUAGUAGGCACCAACCAACUCCGCUACGGUGGCACAGCCUACCCGAUCCGAAAGAUAGUGCGGCAUGAAGAGUACGACGAUGACGUCAUCAAGAACGAUAUCGCCAUCCUCUUCACGCACAAGGAGAUAGAGUUUAGCAGUACAGUGGACGCUGUGGAGCUGAAUGACGAGCCGGUGGAAAAAGGGGAGGAUCUGGUGCUGACUGGAUGGGGGACCACUUCUUACCCAGGCCGUCUCCCCAACGACCUGAUGCAGCUGGAACUCAAGUCCAUCACGUACGAGGAGUGCAAAGAGGCGCAUAAGAACGUCAACGCCGUGUUUGAGACUCAGAUUUGUGCGUUGACGAAGGCUGGAGAGGGCGCUUGUCAUGGUGAUUCAGGAGGCCCUUUGGUAAGGGAAGGCAGACAGAUCGGCAUUGUCUCUUGGGGCAUCCCGUGCGCUAAGGGCAAGCCUGAUGUCUAUACAAAGGUGGAAGCCUACAUGAGGUGGAUCGAGAAAACUCUAUACGAUGACGACGAAGACCAUCUGAAAUACCUUAACAAUAAGAGAAAAACUAAUCGACAUUAGUUAAGAAUGCAGUCAGCUACUAAAAUGUCUGU